CCGUCUUUCGGCGUUUUGCACGCUACUCACAUCACCUCACUUGUCUGAGCUACAUCCUUGCGAAACACAACCGAUCAUCCAAAUCAUGCGUCCUCUUGGUCUGCUGUUAUGGCUAGCAUGGCUAGCUGGCGUUGCUAUCGCCCCUGCGAUUGCCCAAGCCUGCAGCAACACUGGCGGCGUGGCAGACGUUGCAGCAAUUCAGGCAUUGCUGAACAAUGCAGCCAUGACCACCAUCUGCCUUCCUGCACAAACCUAUUCCAUCACCACAGUCUUGACUGUCUCGCGAAGCGUGAAUAUUGUCGGCACAAACACAGUAUUCAACCUUGGCGCAAGCACAGCUCGGUUCAUCACCAUCUCAGCCAACCUGCCGCUCGUCAGCAUUUCCGGCAUCAGAUUUAACGCUCAAAGCAGCACUUAUUCGUUCGAAAGCAAAGGGCGCGUCAUGUACGUCGACAGCGGCACCCGCUUAGUGUGGAGGAACUCUGUCGUGCUCGACGCGCUCAUGUAUUAUGGUGGCGCACUCUACCUUAACACGGGAGCAAGCGUCGAGGGUACUGGCCUCUCCUUCACUGGGUGCGGAGGCGUGUCAGGAUAUGCUGCGUAUUGGUAUGGUGGCGUCGCUUAUCUGAUGACAACGGCAUCGUUCAGCUGCACCGGUUGCAACUUCCAAGAUGGCUAUCUGGCGGGAGCAAGCAGCUUAGGAGCCGUCUUUUAUUUAGCGUCGCCGUCUUACGUUCGCCUCUACAACUCGACCAUCACCGGCAACCAAGGCUCGAAUAACGCUGGAGUCGCAUACUUGGAAAAUGAUUCCGUGUUUGAAGCUUUCAACUCGACCAUCACUGGAAAUCGGGUUGAUCCAAUGGGAGGCGGCGAAGGCUUUGGCGGUGUGCUGUACGCGGUCGAUCGCGCCGAUAUUUGGUUUCAGGACUGCACAGUCACCAGUAACCUGGCCGCCGCUACUGGCGGUGUCAUUUAUGCUGGCGUUUCAGCAAACAUUACAAUCCUCCGGUCGACCUUCACCUCCAACAAAGCGACGAAUGCGGAUGCUGGCAUUCUGUUCGUCGGAAACGGCGCCGGCAUCAUCAUUGACAGUUCAACGUUUACCUCGAAUACGGCGGGCACGGAUGCUGGCGUCAUCCGCACCGGAACAACGGCUCAAAUCACCGUCACAUCCAGCACCUUUUCCCAAAACUCGGCUUCGAGAGCUGGUGGUGUGUUCUUGUUGGAAGGCACAAACUCCGCGGUUGUUGCGUAUGACACCUUGUUUGACAGCAACCAAGCCAUCAGCGGUGGAGUUUUGGAUAUGAUUUCAAGCAACACUCUGCGCGCAUCCUUUUUCCGCUGCAACUUUACGGCAAACAUGCUCUCGUCUGAGUCCGGUACUGGCGGCACAGUGUUCCGCGUUCGCAACAACCAGAUCGUUGUCGUGGAUACAACCUUGACCGGCAACGUUCGCGCAUCGAUCACGAACAAUGUUGGCAUGAUUCAAGUGGAUUCGACUGGAAGAGUCGGUGUCGUCAACUCGCAGCUGUCGGGCAACAGUGGCACCAAGCAAUUUGAUGCUCUUUUGGCGUCAGCUACCCUGCUGACCUUGGGCGCGAACAUUGCUCCAUCCGGCACGACAAUGAUUAACGAGCCAAAUCUUGCCGCUUAUUGCAUUGAUUGCCAGGCGAUAGCUCCUUUCCUCUGCACUGCUGUUCCCGCGUGCGCCUUUGUGUCUUCGUCGCGAGUUAUGACGCCGACAUCCUUGUUGUCUUCCGCAACGCCUUCUUCUGCCACACCAUCGUCCGCUACUCCAUCAGUGACUCCGUCUUCUGCAACACCUUCAUCUGCAACACCAUCGUCCGCCACGCCGUCAGUGACGCCGUCAUCCGCCACUCCUUCUGUGACACCAUCGUCCGCUCCUCCAUCAGUGGCUCCGUCCUCUGCCACUCCAUUGUCCGCUACCUGGGAACUCUCGAUUUCUGUCGCUUCAACCGCAGCCGCAUCUACCGCAUCUGCUGUUUCCUCCAUUGCACACUUCAGCGUCGGCUCCCAGGCCUCAUCUUCAACAGCUGCCAUCGCUGGCGCAGUUGCGUCUGUCGCAGUUGUUGCAAUCAUUGCAGUGGUCCUCAUCGUGCUGCGACGUCGUCGAUCGCACCGAAGUUCAGUUGCGCGACCGAAGGACUCUGCAAAGGACUCUACCGGUCCGAUCUAUCAGGAGGCUGUUGAAAUGACAAUCUCCCCUCUUCCUCAUGCGAAUCGAUCUCACAAAGAGGACGACAGCUCGGUUUACGACGUGGUCGGUCAACAGAAGUCAGACCCUGUGUACGCAGCCAGUUCAAUUCCCUCGACCGAAGUGGUCUACGACGAUGCCAGCGUCUACGCUGUUGGCAGCAAUUCUCGUCGCAUUCGUGACGGCUUGACUAUCGUGAAGCAUCUUGCCAGUGGUAAUUUUGGCGAUGUGGCACUGGGUCAGGUGCCUUUCAACGUGUUGCCCUCGCGAGCACAAAACUUGCUUGGACCUGCAACGCCCGAAACCGUGCAAGUUGCAGUCAAAUCGCUCAAGUCUGAUGUAGACGAGAAAUCCCGCAAGGACUUUGAAAGCGAGGCGAAACUAAUGGCGCCGUUUGUGCACCCGAAUGUCGUGCGUCUGCUCGCGGCUCUUGUCGAAUCUGAGCCCAAUCUCCUUUUGCUCGAGUUUGUGCAGUAUGGCGACUUGCGCACGCUGCUACGAAAGUCCAAGGUCCACUCGCUUUGGUGGACUCAGAACGAGCAGAUCCAUGCGAUUCGUCAGAUUGCGCUUGGCAUGGAGUAUCUGGGCACCCUCCACUUUGUGCACCGUGAUCUCGCCGCUCGCAACUGCCUCGUGGGCCAGGGAAUGGUGGUCAAGAUUGCCGAUUUCGGGCUUACUCGCGAGUUGGACAACGGGGCCGAUUACUAUCGCAUUCAAACGCGCGGCAAGCUUCCUGCAAAGUGGAUGGCACCGGAAACAUUGAACUUCCGAAAGUUCUCCUCCAUGUCCGAUGUGUGGUCGUUUGGUGUGACAGCCUGGGAAUGCUCCAGUUACGGUGCAACGCCGUACGGCGAAAUGGACGGGCGUGAAACUCUGGCUCAUGUGGAAGCUGGUGGUCGCCUGCCCAUGCCCGAUACUUGCGUGCCCGAGCUCUACAACAUGAUGAUGAGUUGUUGGAACGUGAUGCCGGAUUUCCGUCCGAGCUUUUCGCAGCUCGCCAAGGGAUUGACGUCGCUUCAGGAUGGGUCUACCGUUCGCGAGAUUGGUGCAAUGCUGUGAACGCGAUCCGCCUAUAGAUCUUUUUGUUUCAAACUUUGAAUUGUGUGUCGUGUACUUGGGGAGUCGUCAUUGAGGCAUCCCGCAUUGAAUGUCCGCAGAAUGUUACACGGAUUCCAG